CGUUAUGUGUUUUUAGUCAGGGGUAGCUGGUUACAAAACCAGCAGGUUGAUAGUGGUUAGACUGGUGAAGGUUCUUUAACAGAAACAUUCAGGGUAGAAGCCGAAAAUCAGAGAUCAUGGACAGGACGGUCAGUCUUCCCAACCAGCAGGACAGAACCACCACAGUGACUCUGGUAGAGAGCAGCAACGCCCCAAGCGGGCUGGAACUGGUCAGCUCUUAUCAGACCCACAGGGCGGGAGACCCUAUGGACCUGGUGUCCUUGGCAGCACAAGUGCAGAAGGGAGAUGACUUCAUUAAAGCCAAUGCUUGCAACAAACUGACAGUCAUUGCUGAUCAGAUCAGAUACCUCCAGGAACAGGCUAAAAAGGUUUUAGAAGAAGCUAAAAGAGAUGCCGACCUCCACCAUGCUGCCUGUAAUAUUGUGAAAAAACCAGGAACCAUGUAUUACCUCUAUGAACGGCCAUCAGGACAGAAAUACUUUUCUAUCAUCUCUCCCAAGGAAUGGGGUGCGAGUUGCCCUCAUCCAUUUCUUGGUGCUUUCAAACUUCAACAUGACAUGUCCUGGACGCCCAUAGAUGAGGUGGAGAAGAGAGAUUCAGAGAUCGCCAUCAUGAGCAAACUUUUAAGCCAGCAGACGGCUUUACCAUCGUGCACAGGACCCAACUUCAAGGGCCUCUCAGAAUAACGGACUGCUGAACUGGACUGAAUUAAGGAUUAUCAUUGUUUUUAAAGGACACGAGAAAGCUUAUAGUCUUAAUGGACAUCGAUAUGAACUGACAAACAAUCUGAUGGAUGGGAAUAGCUGAUUUUAAAGCAUCUGCUUUGUGACUUUCACACACUGGGUCAAUAUAUAAUGCAUUACCGGAGGCUUUUGUUGUAUACUAUUCAACUUCUGAUAAUGUAUAUACAUUAUCACAGCAUUUUAAGGGCUUAUCUGAAUUUGAACAUAUAAGAUUUGUUCUCUCUGGCAGGCCCAUGAAUGGACACCUACAAAUAAAGUUUUUAAAGUCUAA